AUGGCGGCGUGGGAACGUGACGGCGAGGGGAGGCAGGCGCACUUGACGAUGGUGGGCGUGCAGCUCGUCUACGCUGGGUACCACGUCAUCGCCAAGCAGGCGCUCAACGUUGGGGUCAACCGCGUCGUCUUCUGCGUCUUCCGGGACCUCCUCGCUCUCUCCGUCCUCGUGCCGCUCGCCUCCUUCCAGCACCGCGUCUCGCCCGCGCAGGCGCGUCCGCCGCCUCUCACCUGGCGGCUCGUCGGCUCAUUCUUUCUUCUCGGGCUCACUGGCGUCUUUGGGAACCAGCUGCUGUUCUUGCUUGGCCUCAGCUACACCAACCCCACCUACGCGGCCGCCAUUCAGCCGUCUAUUCCUGCCUUCACCUUCAUCCUGGCCCUCAUCAUGGGGACCGAAACGGUGAGCCUGGGCUCAAACGAAGGCAGAGCCAAGAUAGGUGGCACAGUCGUUUGUGUGCUGGGAGCUGUUCUCAUGGUGCUCUAUAGAGGCCCAGCUGUGUUUGGUAGCAGCGAGCUUGAGCUUCUUGAUGUUCAUAGUCAUGGUGUUAUAGCUGACAUGUCACAGCCUGAGCCUGACGGACCUGUAAUAUCUUUGUUCAUGGCAUUUGGGCUGGAAAAGUUUCACAUUGGAGUACUUUGCUUGAUAGGGAACUGUCUAUGUAUGGCUACUUAUCUUGCUUUGCAGGCUCCAAUUUUGGUGAAGUAUCCUUCAAGUCUGUCACUGACUGCAUACUCAUACUUCUUUGGGGUGGUUUUAAUGGUCAUUUCAGGAGUUUUUGCAACAAACGAUAAACACGAUUGGAGUUUGACUCAAUCUGAGUUUGCUGCUGUUGUAUAUGCUGGAGUCAUGGCAUCUGCUCUUAAUUAUGUCCUACUGACAUGGUCCAACAAAAUAUUGGGCCCUGCUAUGGUGGCACUUUAUAACCCUCUUCAGCCAGUGGUCUCUGCUCUAUUGUCUAUGAUAUUUCUGGGAAGCCCAAUUUACCUUGGAAGUAUUAUUGGAGGACUUCUAAUCAUCUCUGGUUUAUACCUUGUGACCUGGGCACGGCACAGAGAAAAACUGGCUGGCAUCGGAGUAUCUUAUGUAAAAUGUGCAUCGGAGUCACUCGAUGGUCCUUCUCAUGUUGCAAAGAAUGUGCCCUUUAUAUCUCUUUCUAGGCUGUGGGAUGUGCCACAUGAGUCUUGA